CUAUUAAUUUUGUUUUGUUGAAAACUGAACAGGAUGUAUAGAUACCUGUUGAAAAGCCAGUGUUUCAUAUAGAUAGGAGUAAUUUCUAUUUUUGUGUGCUACAAACAUAACUUUAACUUAAUGCAAAGAUAAAGACUGGAUAAAGAUGAUGGCAGCCCAGGGCAGACACAUUCUUCAUGUGCUACAUUUCAGCAGCAACCAAGUCAUUAAUAACAUUUCGUUUUUAGCCUGUUAUGAUUCACUUUUAGUGUACAAUGUAGAAGAUAUUUAUAUUCAGAUCAUGAUCAACAGGCAACUAUGACCUACAUAUUUCUGAAAGAUAACCAAACACUAUAAAAAGGGACAACCAUGAAGGGAGGCUGGUGCUGCAAGAAAUCGCGACCCCCAGAAAUAGAGAGGAACAUUAAGGCCAAUAACCAGGAAUACAAUGCCCAGUUUGAGUAUGCUAACAACUACAUCUGCACGUCCAAGUACUCGAUCAUCACAUUCCUGCCCAAGAACCUGUUUGAGCAGUUACAGAGGAUUGCCAACGCCUACUUCCUUGGCCUUCUCAUAUUGCAGCUGAUACCGCAGAUUUCUUCCCUGCCGUUCUAUACCACGGUAGUACCCCUGGGAUUUGUACUUGCCGUAACUGGUAUCAAAGAUGCAGUUGACGACUUUCGUCGUCACCGUAGCGAUGACCAGGUAAACAACAGGAAGACGCUGCUGCUUCGUGAUGGCAAGCUGGUUGAGGAACAAUGGCAGAAGGUCGUCGUUGGUGACAUUAUCAAGAUGGAAAACAAUCAGUUUGUUGCGGCAGACCUGUUUUUGUUGUCCACUAGUGAGCCUAACAGUCUCUGCUACAUCGAAACAGCUGAACUGGAUGGUGAGACGAAUCUGAAGGUACGUCAGGCGAUACCCGAGACGGCAGAGAUGAGCGACGACAAUGAAAAACUCCAUCAGUUUGAUGCUGAGAUAGUGUGUGAAGCGCCCAACAACCGUCUGCCAAAGUUUGAAGGGAAGAUGACAUGGUGUGGAGAGAGCCAUUCCCUUGACAACGACAAAAUCCUGUUGCGUGGCUGUGUGCUCCGGAAUACCCAAUGGUGCUAUGGCCUCGUCAUCUUCUCUGGACACGAGACCAAACUGAUGAUGAACUGUGGGAAGAGUGUGUUCAAGAGGACGAAUAUUGACCGCCUGAUGAACACUCUCAUUAUUGGGAUAUUCAUGUAUCUGCUUAGCAUGUGCCUAAUAUGUACAGUGGCAUCAGGCAUCUUCGAGUCUGCGAUCAAUCACAACUUCCAGGAUUACCUCCCCUGGGAGAGCUUUGUUCCAGGGACAAGCCAGGGGACAAAGGAGGGGUCUGUGGAGGAAGGGGCCACUGUCAUCUCGUUGCUUGUAUUCUUCUCUUAUAUCAUCAUCCUGAACACUGUCGUGCCUAUAUCUCUAUAUGUCAGUGUGGAGAUAAUCCGUAUGGGUAAUAGUCUGCUGAUUAACUGGGAUGGGAAAAUGUACUAUGCACCCAAGGAUGACCCAGCAAAGGCCCGCAGUACCGCUCUGAAUGAGGAGCUUGGCCAGAUAGAGUAUGUGUUCUCAGACAAGACUGGGACCCUCACUCAGAACAUAAUGGAGUUCAAGAAGGCAUCUAUAAAUGGGAAAGCCUUUGGCGAUUACCUUGACAAGGAGGGAAACCCCAUGGACAUCACAGACGCAACACCCACUGUUGACCUGUCCUGGAACCCUAUUGCGGAGGAGAACUUCGAGUUCUAUGAUGAACGUGUUGUUCAGGAGAUCAGGGGAGGCAACAAGCAUAUGCACGAGUUCUUUAAGCUGCUCUCCCUUUGUCAUACUGUCAUGCCAGACAACACUGAUGGCAAGCUGGUCUACCAGGCCCAGUCACCAGAUGAGGGGGCUCUUGUGUCAGCUGCAAGGAACUUUGGCUUUGCUUUCAAGUCCCGGACAUCAAACUCAAUCACCAUUGAGGUGCAGGGCACCGAAGAGACCUAUGACCUUCUGGCCAUUCUUGACUUUGACAAUGUCCGCAAGAGAAUGUCGGUGAUAGUACGUCGUGAGGGUAAAGUGAAGCUGUGGUGUAAGGGGGCAGACUCAGUGAUCUAUGAGCGGCUGGACCCGGCUUGUCACAACCUGCAGGAGCUUACCACACACCAUCUCAAUGAGUUUGCCACAGUGGGUUUACGCACAUUGUGUCUGGCUGUCAAGGACAUCCCAGACUCUGAAUAUGCGGCAUGGAGUAAAAAGUAUAAGGAAGCCAGUCUGGCAAUGGAAAACCGUGAUGACAAGGUUGAUGCAGUGUAUGAGGAGAUAGAGCAGAACAUGAGGUUGUUAGGGGCAACGGCCAUCGAGGACAAACUGCAGGACGGGGUCCCAGAAGCCAUUGCCAACCUUGCGAAUGCUGGCAUCAAGAUCUGGGUCCUCACUGGAGAUAAACAAGAGACGGCAAUCAACAUUGGCUACUCGUGUCACCUGCUGACUGACGAAAUGGAGGAGGUGUUCAUUAUUGAUGAGGAUGAUUUUGAUAAAGUACGGGACCAGAUUGAUAAGGCCAUCUCUGACAUCAAUGGGUACAAGAGCGGCAAGCGAGGCAAUGACCAAGUGGACCAGGUCACAUUUGAGAAUGGUCUUACACCGUCAGGGGCUCAGUACAUGAAGUCAGAUGAGAGCACCAGCGUUGUGGGAGAAUCUGAGUUUGCACUUGUCAUCAGUGGUCACAGUCUGGCUCACUGCCUGAAGCCAGAGCUGGAGAUGGGACUGCUUGAGCUGGGUUGCCUGUGUAAGGCUGUCAUCUGCUGUCGUGUGACCCCCUUGCAGAAGGCACUAGUGGUUGAUCUUGUCAAACGCAACAAACAGUCCAUAACUCUCGCCAUCGGAGAUGGGGCAAAUGAUGUUAGCAUGAUAAAAACGGCCCACAUUGGUGUUGGUAUCUCUGGACAGGAGGGUAUGCAGGCAGUGCUCUCCAGUGACUUCUCCUUCUCCCAGUUCCGCUACCUCGAGAGGCUUCUCCUUGUCCACGGGCGAUGGUCCUACCUCCGCAUGUGCAAGUUCCUUAAGUACUUCUUCUACAAAAACUUUGCCUUCACCCUUUGCCACUUCUGGUACGCCUUCUUCUGUGGGUUUUCUGCCCAGACAUUGUUUGACCCUUACUUCAUCUCCUUCUACAACGUCAUGUACACUUCCUUCCCUGUUCUAAUAAUGGGCAUCUUUGACCAGGAUGUGGAUGACUAUUACUCCACAAAGUACCCCAAGCUCUACUACCCUGGGCUGGUCAACAGUCUGUUCAACAAGAAGGUGUUUGCUUUAAGUGUGACAGAGGGUGUUGUCACUUCCAUUGUGUUGUUUUUCAUCCCUUACGGUGCAUUUUAUGAGUCCAUAGGCCCUUCGGGUGUUGAUAACGCUGACAUCCAAUUCUUUGGAGUUGUAGUUGCCAGCAUUCUUGUUGUGGCUGUGAACCUUAGGUGUGCCCUGGACACGUGUUACUGGACCGGCUUCAGUCAUUUCUUCAUCUGGGGCAGCAUAGUGUACUAUUUUUGUUUCAUCAUGGCCUUCUAUGCCAGCGUGUUUAACUAUUCAUAUCAGGGAGCGGCAUUUGCUGUGUUCUCAUCGGGGAAGUUCUGGCUCACUCUCAUACUGACUAAUGUGAUACUUCUAGUGCCUGUAGUAGCCUAUAGGUUCUAUGUUACAAACAUUAACGCCUCAUUGUCAGACAGAGUGCGCAUGAAGCAGAGGUUGACAAAGUCAAAGGCGCGUACCAAGGACCUCCAUGUACGGAGAACUUCAACAUUCCGACGCAGUGCUCGAUCUUUCCGAUCUGGCUAUGCAUUUGCACAUCAGCACGGCUUUGCUGAGUUGAUUACCAGUGGGUUAAAUAUGAGAGACAGGGUAGCGUCAACACUGAGACUCAACAGUCCGGUAACCUUGACUAAUGUAAGGAAGAGAAUUGACAGUUCAAGUGCUAAUGUAGAUAAGAAAUCAACUAAUGGAGCGACAGUCCAUGUAAAGCCACAACAUCCUAACUCUGUGGAUAACGUUGAGAGUGGUGAGAAAUUUGUAUAUUCAGAACGAUUGUGAAUCUCUCUAUAAAUGUUCUGCUAUAUUCAUCAUGUGUAUAGUUUUACAAUGCAAAGAGGUCAAAGUAAAAUUAAAAUGUUGAGCUCAUUUAUUGGAACAGAACAUUUAAAACAUUAUUACAUGUACAUACUGGUACAUCUUUUGUCCCAAAAUUUCAUGGUUGGUAGUAUCAUUUAUUUUUCAGGUAACAUAUAAAUACAUACAUUUUAAGAGCUGAAUGAUACAAUUAACCCAGUAAAUAUGUACAUACAGUUUGCAGUAAGUGGUACAAUGUUUUGUUUGUUUGUUUCACAGGGUUUCAUAAGGAAGUGUGAAGGUGACUGUGAUAUUUGUGUCAGCAAUAAGCCACCCUUGACCCCUGCAUCCCCCCCACUUGUUGAAUAGCCUGAUGCACACAUUUAAUUGACACUCUGUCCUGCACUACAAACUGAUCUUAAAACAUCCUCAUUCAUGAUUCAUUGCUACUUGAAAUAAAUCUUUAAGAUGCACUUAACAUUUACGUAUAACUUGAACCCUGCAGUUGCAUAAUAGCAUACCUUAAAGCUUAUACGCAUAAUAGCAUACCUUAAAGCUUAUACAGGAGACAUAAGCUGUGGACUGUUUAAACAGUUAUCUAUCUCCUUGCUGAGAAGAACAUUUAGGAUAAAACAUUUGUGAGCUCUAACAACACUGAAGUGUUUUUGAAUGUUCAGUGUUCUACAUUGUAGCAUCUCAUUGGAUUAACUGCCAUGUGGAACGUUUUGUCAUCGAUCAGACAUGUCUGCAGUCCUAUGUUUGUCCUAGUUUGAAAAAUGCAGUAGUUUUGCCUAUUUUGAUUUACAAAUUAACGUUUGUGGCUCAGAAUGGGGUGGAGAGCUGGGUCAGUUUGGCUUAUUGUAUGUUAUGGUCAGGCAUCUUAUAAUCCUGGUCAUCUAAAAUGUGGUGUCGGAUUAAAACAGACUAGGCUAGUCAUUUGUCAGCAAGAAGCAUGCAUACUACAGCAUUGUUAGUUAUAUAUAUAUCUCCUGUACUAGUCAGCAGAAUGCCAGUGUUUGUUAAAUGUAGAUUAUAUGAUCUCUUAGUGCAAUGAAACCAAACUAUCAUUAAGAUACGCUAUAAAAGAGAAAAGUCAAACCAGCUGUGUCAGAAUUCUGCCCCUUCCCCUUGUAGAUAGGUUGACCUUUCUGUCUUGCAGACAAAUCUUUGAAAACACUUUAUUUUGUAUUAACAAUGUUUUCUGUAGAUCGUCAGGAUUUUAAUAUAAAUAAGUGGUCUUUUAGACUGUUUUACUGGAUGCUUAAUAGCAAAUAUAAGUACCUUCAUUUAUUCUCAAUGGUUAAAUCAAAUGUAAUUGUUUCUCUGUAAAGUAUUAACUGGUGUUUUUUUCUGUUAGGGACACCUGAAAGAUCAUAUAAACUAUCUUUUAUUGCUCAGACAUAGGCAGGUGUGUUGUAUAUCUAUUCUUGCUUUGUCAUUUAAUGUCUAACAUUUUUAUGUGCUUUAAAUGCCAGAAGGGGCUCUUGUCUUUCACUGCAAUACCUACUACUGGACUGUGUUUAUGGCCUAUUAGAUAUUUUAAGGAAGGUAAAUGAUUAUUACUAUAUUUUAUAUAUACAUUAUGUCUUUGUUCAUUCAAUGCAAGUUUACGUGGUUGCUGUUAGGGUGUUAUCAUUUACUGCAAUGCAAUGUUUUAAGGAAUGGUAUGUUGAAUGAAUAUGUGCAACAUGUGGUUUGACCAAUACAUACUGGUACAGUUCAUAAACAGAUUUCUGGUUGUCCCAUCGUUACCCAUAUGUUGUUUAUGUGUAUCCCGAAAACACCUUAUUUUGUUGGCAAGUAAAAACACCUUAUAAUGUUGGCAAGUGAAGCAUAUAUAGAAUACCUAAGUUGAAGGUCUCAUAUUCAUUUUUUAUAUCUUUUAUAAACGUUAAGUGAAUAUAAGCUGUAUGAAAAAGCCACAUGUUAGACCAAAAAUAUUUGUAUAGAAAAAAUACAUGUAUCAUUCAUUAGGUGUGUUUACAGAAAUCAUUACUUCAUAUUAUGCAACUAUACUCUUGUUUAUUCUAUAUUUAUUAGUUAAGAACAUGAUUUUACAGCUCUCAUAACUUCAUUUAGGGUUGUUUGACAGAUGUUGCUCAAAAAUAACAUAAUUAAACAUGACAUGUGUUUUUAUAGCUGGUGUUUCAGCAUUCUGUGUUUUCAUAAUUUAUUGUAUAUAAGUUGAUCUAAAACUUGUUAGACCCCUUAGCCUACAUCCGUUGUUUGGUUAUUAACUAUAAUAAUAUUGAGCAAAAAAUGCGAAAGAAAGGUAUUAAAAAUACCAAAACAUAAAAAAUGUGGGGUGUUUUCUUCUGACUUAUGGCUCUCCGCUAGUUCAGACACAUUGCAGUAACAAUACACCUGGAUAACUCUUAUUUACAGGUGCGAUUGAACGAGACGUUUUUUCAUUUCAGAUUUGCAGUAAAAAAAACAACACACCUUGUCAUCAUUAUAUGUAUCUUUUGAUGUAUAUUCAGCAUUGUUUAUUUAUACAUUUUCAAAAUAGGAAAAGAAAAUACAACUUUUUGUAUUAUAAAGUUGAUAUUAUUGAGUGUUCAUUUUGUUUUUCCCAUUUCUCAGUCACAAGUUGUUGUUUGAAGUGAUAUUGGAAUGGAAAUGACAGAAACCUGAUCAGGCAACAUUAGUUGUCCAUGCUUCAACCAUGAGUGCUUACUUCAGUUUUUUAUGUUCUUUAAACAUUUUUAUUUUAUUUUACUAUCAUCAGAUUAAUUUCUUAUGUUAAAAAUGGUAUUUUAUAUAGACUUUUUAUUGAUAUAUUUUACAUAGAAUUGUAUAUUUUCAUCUUUUAAGGUGAUUCUAUCCGGUAUGUAGACAUUUUUAAGAUUGAGAUUGUUUCCAUUUUUCGUGCUGGACAUUUAUGUUAGAACACAGCAAGGCCUGAACAAACAUUGAUCUAGAACAUUUAAAGAAGAAACCAUGUAUCCAGAAAUAUCAGUCAUAACCCAUAUGUACCUUGCCUCCUGUGUCGACCAUCUGGCGGUGUGGACAGCUACUGUUUGGAGUAACAUUCCGAGAUAGGGUUGUUUUUCAGAGCCUUCACUAUUGUUGCUUGUACACAUAUAUAUAUUAUGAAGGACCUCGUAUAUUUAUUGAGGACCUCUGCUUACAUGUAUCACCCAGGACGCCACUGCAGUCAGACAAGCAUAAUCUUCUAUACAACAAACUGAUAUUUAUUAUGCUUAUGUUUAGUCUUUUAGUUAUUUGUCUUGUCUCAAAACUGAAUUAGUGAAUGUGUUUGAUUAUGUUUAGAGAUGACCUACGUGAGCAUUUUAAGUGUUUGGACAUUCAUUCACUUGCUACACUUUAUAACAUAAUUAUUUGUUUUAUUUUGUAUUUAGACGAAGAGGACAUAUUUUUCUACUUAAUAUUACAUUAUUGUUGCGCAGUUGAACUUUCAAUAUACUUGUUUCUUUAUUAUCUGAACAUAAAAAUGCAUAUAAUUUAUAUUUAAUAAAACUUUAAACUGCU